CAGUCCUCGCCUCGGAAAACCUCCAACCUCUUUGGUCACUUUCUCUGCUUCUCUCUCUCUCUUGCAUAACUUGGGAGUCUUUAUUUCUGAAUAGGAAUAACUUCAAGACCAUCAACGAAUAGGCUAUCUGGUGACUUGAAUGCUACCCUAUUCAUGUUUAUUUAGGGAAGGUUUAUUACUGGAGUGACAACUUACCUACACGUGAAAGCUUCUAAAAACGAGGGGAAUACGUUUUUCAAGAACAAAAAGGGAAGGGAAAAACAGAAACCGGAGCGACUUUUAGAUCCUGCCCCUCGCUGGGAUGCAGACUCGCCGCUCGCUGAGUUCCUUAUUGUGCGUGAUGAGCUGCGCGUGGCUGCACUCUGGACUGGCCUCACGGCUAAAGUCUCCCGUUCUGCCCAUCCAUUCGGAGAGGGAGCCUUUACCAUCCAAGGGCAUGUCAGGAUGUUCAUUUGGAGGAAGAUUCUAUUCGCUGGAGGACACUUGGCACCCUGACCUCGGUGAGCCGUUUGGGGUCAUGCACUGUGUCCAAUGUUACUGCGAGACACAAAGGGGUCGUAAGGGUAAGGUGUUGGGGAAGGUGAGCUGUAAGAACGUCAAGCAGGACUGUCCUGAGCCUAGCUGUGGUGACCCAGUGCUGCUACCUGGACAAUGCUGCAAGACCUGCCCCAAAGGCGAGGUGGACAGGAAGCAGGCGGAGGCGGUGUUUGAUGGCUUUGAGUACUUCCAGGAGAAGGAGAAAGAGGAUGAUCUGCACAAGUCCUACAAUGACCGCUCAUACCUCAGCUCUGAGGACAUUUCCCCCGGGGAGAGCCGCACUGACUUUGUAGCAGUGUUGACGGGAGUGACAGACUCCUGGUUACCCAGCUCCAGUGGUGUGGCCCGGGCACGCUUCUCUCUCACUAGAACCAGCCUGACCUUCUCCAUCACCUACCAGAGGAUCGGGCGACCAAGCAGGGUUGUCUUCCUUGAUUCAGAUGGAAACACUGCGUUUGAGUACAAGACCCCUAAGGGAUACUCAAACAUGAUCUGCGGGGUGUGGAAAAAUCUUCCCCAAUCCCACGUGCAACAGCUACAGGCAGAACAACUUCGGGUUACUAUGACAACAGCCACCGGUAGACAGGAGCAGAUCGAAGGAAAGAUCAUCAAACACAGAGCACUCUUCGCAGAGACGUUCAGCUCCACUCUGACCUCAGAAGAGGAGCAUUCUGGGAUGGGAGGCGUCGCCAUGUUGACUCUGAGUGACACAGAGAACAACCUUCACUUCAUCCUCAUACUGCAGGGACUGAUACAACACAGACAGAGAGACUCCCCCCUGGUGCCCAUCCGGGUACGACUGCAGUACCGCCAACAUGUCCUGAGAGAGAUCCAUGCCAACGUCACCGCCUAUGACCCAGACUUUGCUGAGGUGCUGACAGACCUGAACAGUCGGGAGCUCUUCUGGUUGUCAAGAGGCCAGCUGGUGAUCGCUGUGGAAACCGAGGGCCAGGACCCCCGACACAUCUCCGGCUUCAUCACCGGCAGGAAGUCUUGUGACACCAUCCAGAGUGUCAUGUCCAGUGGUGAUGCAUUGACAGCAGGGAAGACAGGCGGCGUGGGAUCAGCAUUCUUUAAUCUCCAUGAUAACGGCACCCUGGACUACCAGGUCCAGAUAGCGGGGUUAUCCAGUGAGGUGGUGGGUUUGACCAUCGAGCUAAAGCCUCGGCGGCGCAGUAAGCGAUCCGUGCUGUACGACCUAACUCCAGAGUUCGACAGGCCCAGCGGGCGGGCGGUGGGAAGCUGGAGUCGUCUAGAGGCACGUCACAUCCACAUGCUGCUGCAGAACGAACUGUUCAUCAACGUGGCUACCGCACACAGCCAGGAGGGGGAGCUACGCGGACAGAUCAGAGCCCUGCUCUACAGCGGCCUGGAGGCACCCAGACACGAGAUCCCUGUCCCUCUGGCAGGCCAGUUUGUGGCCCCUCCAGUCCUGACCAGUGCUGGGGGCCAUGCCUGGGUGUCUGUGGACGAGCGCUGUCACCUCCAUUAUGAGAUUGUGGUGGCAGGCCUCAGCAAAGCUGAUGAUCUCACAGUCAACGCCCACCUCCACGGAUUGGCCGAAAUCGGAGAGCUGGACGAGAGCAGCACCAAUCACAAGAGACUUCUGACAGGGUUCUACGGUUCUCAGGCCCAGGGUGUGUUGAAGGACAUCAGUGUAGAGUUGUUGCGUCACCUGGACAGAGGGACAGCCUUCAUCCAGGUCAGCACCAAGGUCAACACCAGAGGAGAGAUACGUGGACGGGUCCAUGUGCCUAAUAACUGUGAGUUUGGGACAAGGGGUGAGGUGGAGAUGGCGGAGUUUGAUGACCUGUUUGUGCGUGACCCUGAGGAACUAAAGAAAGACCCCCACACCUGUUUCUUCGAGAGUCAACACCACGCCCACGGCUCCCUCUGGACCCCCAACUACAACAACUGUUUCACCUGCAGCUGUCAGAAGCGCACAGUGAUCUGUGACCCGGUCAUCUGUCCAGUUCUCAACUGCUCUCGCACCAUCCAGCCUGAGGACAAGUGCUGCCCCGUAUGUCUCGAGAGGAAAGACCCCAAGGACAUGACAGCUCCAGAGAGGCUAGACGAGCAUCCAGAAGGUUGUUACUUUGAGGGGGACCAGAAGAUGCAUGCUCCUGGGUCUACCUGGCAUCCAUUCGUCCCUCCGUUUGGCUACAUUAAGUGUGCCCUCUGCACCUGCAAGGGGGCGACAGGCGAGGUGCACUGUGAGAAGGUGACGUGUCCAGCCCUGACCUGCAGUCGUCCGGUACGCCGCAGCCCCUCAGACUGCUGUAAGGAGUGUCCGGAGGAAGACAAACCCCCUUUGGAGCACGCUGACAUGAUGCAGGCAGACGGGACGCGUCACUGCAAGUUUGGGAAGAACUUCUACCAGAACAGUGACAACUGGCACCCCCGUGUGCCCCUGAUGGGAGAGAUGAAGUGCAUCACCUGCUGGUGUGACCAUGGUGUGACUAAGUGUCAGAGGAAGCAGUGUCCAGUCCUGACCUGUGGUAACAUCACCCGCCGGGAGGGCAUGUGCUGUCCUGAGUGCCAAGAUUCCAAAGAGGAAGAGGAGGAGCUGAUGAAAGUUCCGGAAAAGAAGAACAGCUGGAGACACUGAGCUGAAACCCCCUCUCCACACGCAUCCCCCACUUCUACCUUCCCCCCACCACGCCCCCCUCCCCUCCUCUCUCUACCUACCCCCUCAUGGGCAGACCUAGACCUGCACACUGGGUCAGCUAACACCCCCUAAAACCAAGACCCCUAUAACCCUCCAGCCCCAACCCACAAACCCCCCUGUCCACUCCCACCCCUAAGUCAGCCUCUGGAUUGUAACGAAGGAAGGAAAGACAAGCAGAGAAAAAGAAGGAGAAAGAGGAGCACUGAGUGUCAUGGAAGGGACUGAAUAGAAAGGAACAAAAAGAGAUAUGAAGUGGACCGACCAUAGCUGCUGCAGCUGUGUCUUUUGACUGGUUUCUCCUUUGAAAUUUGAAAUUUUGGUUUUGUUUUUAGUUUUUUUGCUUCCUCUUGAUGAAUAUUGCUCGCCCUUUCAAAAAUCACAUACAAUUACCCUUCAUAUUCGAAUACCGGUACACAAGGUGACACACACACAGUUUUUUGUUGUUGUUGUUAAAAUGGAUGUGUUGGUAGUCUUUGCGUUGCCAGAUUGAUGCUAAUUGUAAAUGGUUUGUACGGAUUGAUUUCUGAAGUUCAGCUCUAAGUUUGUGUGUGUGUGUGUGUGUGUGUUUACCAGUGGUAAAAAGGUGAACAGUGGCACAAACAUACGAGGCAGUAAACUUACUGGGUGACUAGAUGAAAACACACACACACACAAAACAUUAGCAUCACUGACUAUCUGAUAAACCAGUCCUGUCAUCCCAUCCAGUCAGCACCACACAUAUGUCCUGUCAUCCCAUCCAGUCAGCACCACACAUAUGUCCUGUCAUCCCAUCCAGUCAGCACCACACAUAUGUCCUGUCAUCCCAUCCAGUCAGCACCACACAUAUGUCCUGUCAUCCCAUCCAGUCAGCACCACACAUAUUCCCCUGUCAUCCCAUCCAGUCAGCACCACACAUAAGUCAUGUCAUCCCAUCCAGUCAGCACCACACAUAUGUCCUGUCAUCCCAUCCAGUCAGCACCACAAGAACGCUUCCCUUGGAAAAGCAUAACACACCCAAGAAUCUCUUCUAAUUGCUCACUGAAGAGAUUAGAAUAUACAGUAACUUUACAUAAACAUUUGUUUUAGAUUUAUUUGCAGCUCUGAGUCUGGUACCAUUGACCUGUAUUGCACCUCUUCAUGUGGUUGUCCAUGAUGUUGUCUGUUUCUCAUUUCAGUAAUAUGUAUAAUUAUUUUAUAAUACUUUGUAUUAGUGUUGUUAUUUUUAUGAAUCUUGCUUGUAUUUAUUGAACGUGUGAAGGAAAAAAUAAAAGUUGUUAGUAAGAAA